CAUAUAUGUUCAUAUGCGUUUGAAAAAUUAGGCUUAACGUAUAAUGAACUUGACGAAACAGGCUCUUCCUCUCUUCGAAAACAUUCAACGCUCAAUCUUUCAAACCCUCAACUCACUCAAAUCAUCUCUGUCACAGACACAGCAAGCGCAUGCUCACAUCCUCAAAACCGGUGGCUCUAAUGACACUUAUCUCGCCACAAGGCUUCUGUCUCAAUAUGCAAAUCACCAAGACUUCGAUGACGCAAACCAAAUCCUUUCUUCUACUCUUGAGCCGACAAUCUUUUCUUACUCUACUCUUAUCUACGCCUACUCGAAACAAAAUCUUUUUACUCAAUCACUCCGUGUAUUCGCUCAAAUGCUCUCUCACGGUCUGCCACCUGAUGCUCACGUGUUGCCUAAUAUCUUUAAGGCUUGCAGUGGAUUGUCGUUAGUGGAAACUGGAAAACAAGUUCAUGCAAUGGUGUUUGUAUGCGGGUUUAAUUUAGAUUCGUUUGUUCAGUCUUCUUUGAUUCAUAUGUACAUCAAAUGUCAGAACAUUGGAGACGCUCACAAAGUGUUUGAUAGAUUAGCCCAACCGGAUGUGGUUACUUUUAGUGCUCUGCUUGCGGCUUACGCGCGACAAGGGUGCGUGGAUGUAGCGAAAAAACUCUUUAAUGAGAUGGCUCGAUUAAGAGUGGAACCCAAUGUGGUAUCUUGGAAUGGUAUGAUUUCGGGGUUUAAUCAUAGUGGACAUUAUGAAGAGUCGGUUCUUUUGUUUCAAAGAAUGCAUUUUGAAGGAUUUACGCCUGAUGAACAUAGUGUUUCUAGUGUUCUUCCAGCUGUGGGCGACUGGGAGAAUCCCAAACUUGGGAUUCAGAUUCAUGGUUUUGUAAUCAAGCAGGGUUUAUUGGAGGACAAAUGCGUCAGUAGUUCACUUAUUGAUAUGUAUGGAAAGUGUGCGUGUACGUGGAAUAUGUCCAAAGUGUUUCAUGAAAUGGAAAAUUUGGAUGUAGGUGCUUGCAAUGCUUUUGUUACGGGUCUCUGUAGGAAUGGUCUUGUUGACAAUGCAUUGGAGGUCUUUAGGCAAUUCCAGAGCCAAGGAGUGGAAUUAAAUGUUGUGUCUUGGACGUCAAUGAUUGCUGGUUGCUCACAAAAUGGGAAAGGUAUUGAGGCAUUGGAACUUUUUAGAGAGAUGCAAACAGCGGGGAUGAAGCCAAACAAUGUUACAAUACCUUGCUUGCUAUCAGCCUGUGGAAGUAUUGCAGCAUUGAUGCUCGGGAAGGCAGCUCAUUGCUUUUCUAUCAGAAGAGGAAUAUCUGAUGGUAUUUACGUGUCUGGGGCCCUAAUUGAUAUGUAUGCAAAGUGUGGAAGGAUUCAAAUGUCACGACUUUGUUUUGAUAGGAUGCCAUCCAAAAACUUGGCUUGUUGGAACGCUAUAAUGGGUGGAUAUGCUGUGCAUGGAAAGGCUAAAGAAGCUAUAGAGAUUUUUCAUUUGAUGCACAGGAGUGGACAAAAGCCUAGUUUUAUUAGCUUCGUUUGUGUAUUAUCUGCCUGUAGCCAGGCUGGCCUAGCUGAUGAAGGCUGCAAAUUAUUUGAUAGCAUGUGUGAAGAGCAUGGUAUUGAAGCAAGGAUGGAGCAUUAUGCUUGCAUGGUGACCCUUCUAGGUCGUGUUGGAAGGCUAGAAGAGGCAUAUAACAUGAUUGAGCGAAUGUCUUUCGAGCCAGACGCUUGUAUUUGGGGAGCUUUGCUUAGUUCUUGUAGGGUUCACAGUAAUGUGAGUUUAGGUGAGGCUGCUGCUAAACAUCUCUUUGAACUGGAACCUACAAAUUCUGGGAACUACAUCCUUCUGUCCAAUAUAUAUGCUUCCAAAGGCAUGUGGACUAAGGUUGAUGCGGUGAGAGAUAGGAUGAAAGCUAUGGGUUUGAGGAAGAGCCCUGGCUGUAGUUGGAUUGAGGUCAAAAACAAAGUACAUAUGCUUCUUGCCGGAGAUGAAUCACAUCCUCAAAUGGCCCAAAUCAUGGAGAAGUUAAAUAAAUUAAACAUGGAGAUGAAGAAGUCAGGUUACCUUCCACAUACUGACUUUGUGCUGCAAGAUGUGGAGGAGCAGGAUAAGGAGCAGAUCUUGUGUGGGCAUAGUGAGAAGUUGGCUGUAGUGCUUGGACUUCUUAAUACUCCACCAGGAGCUCCUCUUCAAGUGAUUAAGAACCUAAGAAUCUGCGUUGAUUGUCAUGCUGUUAUAAAAUUUAUAUCCAGUUUUGAAAGGAGAGAAAUAUUUGUCAGAGACACUAAUAGGUUCCACCAUUUUAAAGAUGGAGUUUGUUCUUGUGGGGAUUAUUGGUGAAAAAAUGCUAGGGCUGACUCACAAAUUUAGUAUCACUCAUUCACUCUUGAAAAGGAGGAAGUGAAUUUGUGCAAUUGAGUCCUUUGGAUAGAGCUGAAUGAUUUAUCACAGAGCCUGUAUACUGCAACUUUGGUAGCAGAUGUUUGGAUUUUGCCACAAAAGAAAACUGGAUGUCCGAAGUUUGCUACAUUGACCUACACUUGCCAUAUCUGGGUUGUUUGCUGACGCUGUACACAAUCAUAAGAGUAUUUUUUGAAUGCAAGUGCUUUGAAAGCAGUUUUAUAUGUUUGAUUCAAAUCCAUUUUAGUGAGAAUCUUCUGUUUCUUUGGCAUCUGAUAAAAUACUAAAUACUCUUGAGAGAUAUGUGUACAUGCAAGUCAAUGAAUGUAAAGCAUUUCCCAGGGUCUGAUGCAUGUUGGUUGAGCCUUUAUCAAGUUCAAAGUAACUAAAAUUCUUUGUUUGCGGUCUGUCUGUAUUGGUGGAGUGGAGAACAGAAACUGGACGUACA